GUAUCCGAGAUUUUAUUUAAUUGAUGAUUACACUAUCAGGAACAUUACAAACGACAGAAGUGAACUGAAAAGAGUACAGCUAGGGGUACUGUGUGAAUUGCUGUUCUUCAAACGUAUUUUUGCCGCAUUGUUAAAGGUUACUAACAAAACAAAUCAGUAAAAUCAGAAACAACUAGUCAUAAAAUGUUAACUUCAAAGAGAUUUUUAAUACAUUUCAAACACGCACAAAUUAUUCGCAACAUGAGUCUUUUGAAAAAUAUGGGUUAUAUAAAUGGUAAAUGGGUACCAGCAAUGAGUGGUGUUAAGUUCGAUGUUUUGAAUCCUGUAAACCAGUCAGUAAUAGCACAAGUACCGGAUAUGAAUGUAGAAGACACAAAAUUAGCCAUAGAUGCGGCUUCAAAAGCUUUUAAAACAUUCAGCAAGACUACAGCUAAAGAACGGAGUGAUUUAUUACGUUCUUGGUAUAAUUUAAUGGUAAAACAUUCUGAAGAGUUAGCAGAAAUACUUACUAAAGAAAAUGGAAAAUCAUUAGCAGAGUCCAGAGCUGAAAUAAAAUAUGGCAAUUCAUUUGUUGAAUGGUUCUCUGAAGAAGCGAGACGAAUCAAUGGAGAAAUACUUCCAGCUCCAUUAUCAAAUCGUAAACUGAUGAUUUUGAAACAACCAGCCGGCGUUUCUGCUUUAAUAACUCCAUGGAAUUUUCCUCAUGCAAUGAUAACUCGUAAAGCCGGAGCAGCAAUAGCUGCUGGAUGCACCUGUGUUAUCAAACCAUCAGAGGAUACUCCACUUACAGCAUUAGCAUUGAUUAAGCUAGCAGAAGAAGCAGGAUUCCCGGCCGGUGUAUUAAAUGUUAUUACUACUAAUACAGUAAAUUCACCAUCUGUUGGAAAAGCCAUUUGUGAUGAUGCUCGAGUCCGGGUGUUAUCUUUCACAGGCUCUACAGCAGUUGGAAAAAUUUUAUACAAUCAAUGUGCUUCCACUAUGAAAAAAUUAAGUUUAGAGCUAGGCGGGAAUGCACCUUUCAUCGUUUUUAACUCAGCUAAAAUUGAUUUAGCUAUUAAUGGAGCGAUGGUUUGUAAGUUCCGUAAUACUGGACAAACUUGUGUAUCCGCUAAUAGAUUUUACGUACAAAAUAAAGUCUUCCAAGAAUUCGUAGAUAAGUUUAUAGAGAAAAUAAGCCGUGAUAUUAAGUUAGGUGAUGGUCUGCAAACAGGAAUAACUCAUGGACCUUUGAUCAAAGCAAGUCAAAUACAAAUGGUUGAACAUUUAGUUGAAGAUGCAGUAGCGAAAGGAGCUAAAUUACACUGUGGUGGGAAGAAAUUAGACACUUUAGGACCAUUAUUCUAUGCUCCUACAGUAUUGACUGGUGUCACUAAAGACAUGGAUAUUUAUCAUAAAGAAAUAUUUGGCCCAGUUGCUGUGAUACAUCAAUUCGAACAUGAAGACCAAGUUUUGGAUGAUGCCAAUAGUACAAAUGUUGGAUUAGCAGGAUAUUUCUUCUCUGAAGAUUUAUCUCAAAUAUUCCGAGUUGCCCAUAAAAUGGAAGUUGGUAUGAUUGGAGUCAAUGAAGGAUUAAUUUCUUGUGCAGAAGCAGCUUUUGGUGGUGUCAAAGAAUCAGGCUUAGGUAGAGAAGGCUCCAAGCAUGGCAUUGAUGAUUACAUAGAUAUGAAAUACGUAUGCAUUGGCAAUCUUGAUCUUUAAAUUAAUUAUUUGCGAUACAAAUACACCAGAAUUAUCUGAUUGACAAUAUAAUUGCAAAUCAAAGAUAAUAAUUCCUUGCGAUAAUAUUAUCAUAAGAUUUAUAUCAGAAAUAUGUGAGUAUUUUUAGAAAUAUCUACUUUUCAACUGAAAAAUAUGUAUGACGUAUAUAAAUUAUUAUAUACUUGAUAAAUAAUUGUUAAAAAUGUCAAGUUACAAUCAUAUCCAACUAAGACUUAUGUAAUAUUCAAUUUUUACAUAAUGUAUCAUUUGCUCAAUAAUGUUGUUUAUUUUUGUUUAAAAUAGUUAAAUUCAUUAUAUUUUGAUGAAAAAACAUAUUACAUAAAUCCACCGUAAACAAUGUGCCAUUUUAAGA